AGGGUUUAAGGCGUUUUCCUAUUCUGCCACUCCCAGAUUUCUGAGAGGGUUUAUGCAACUGUUCUAAACUCUUACUCUCUCGCAUUAUGAAACAGAUAAAAAUCAGUUAGUGUGAAAAUCUAAAUCUUUUCACUGAGUUUACCUGCCAAUGGAUUCCACUGAUGAUGAUUUUGGUGAGUUGUACGUUGAUGACAAGGUUCAGGCCUUCGCCGGCGAUGUUGGUGGAUUCGUAAAGUCGUGCGAAGAGCCCAAGUGUGCUCCGAUUUCCGACGAGAACAAGUGUUUUGAAGGGACAGAAGAGCCCGAAUCGCGAGCUGAAACGAAGAAAUUAGGUGUGGUGGUGGCUAAGGAUUCGAGUCCGAGUGUCGACGCUGCCUGUGCUGUGAAUCGGACCGGUGCGACUGAAGAAUCGGAAGACAGUGACAGUGAAGAUGAUUUGAAUAUAGUGCUGAAAGAGGACGGUUCCAAAGUGCUUCAUGGGUCCAACACCAACAAUGGCGGCGCAUACGUCGAGCCAUCCCAAACUUGCUCGUUUCAGAAACGGAAGACUGGAAAUUGGUCCACAAUGCCCAAUAGUGGGAUGACGAUGGAAGCUUUAGCUAAUAAUGCCUGGAUGAAUCCGUAUCUUGGAAUGCCUCAAAGUGGAUACAAUAUCUGGUCCAGAACAACUUUUGAUGCAAAUUUCGAUGAGUUUGAGAAGAAGCCAUGGAGGGAUCCUGGUACGGAUAUCAGCGACUUCUUCAAUUUCGGAUUUAACGAGCAAAGCUGGAAAGAGUAUUGUGAUCCGUUGGGAAGAGCAAUUGAGGUUGAAGAUGGAACUCUUGGGCGAAUACCAUCUGUGGAUUUGCGCCAUCCACGUGAUUCAGACCCUGACGUGGUGAUACAGAUCCCAGUGACUAAUGAUGUUAAGGAGCUAGCAAGCGUGACACCUGUGGAGGCAAGCUCUCUCGGCAUAACAUCAAAUAAAGCAUCUACAAGUGAGGAGUUUCAUUCAGAUAACGGAAAUGAUUUGAAUUCAUCUGGUGAUUCAGUGAAAGAAGAGGCUUCUGUGGGGUGUGAAGACGAAAAUACUGGAAGUUUCAGAGACGAGCAAUUUUCUCCGAAAGAGAAUCGCUGCAUCAGGGAAGUAACACCUUGCGAUAAGGAGAUUAUCGAGGAGGAGAAAGAAGAGACUUGUUGGAAUUCAGAUAAGGCGGAUUCAACCUCAGUGGAAAGGGAAUCAUCUCCUGGAGAUCACUUUCGUGUUAGCCCUGCCUCUUCAUAUUCUGUGGGUAAAACUGAGGAUUCUGAAACAGAAUCAUCAAAAGGUGAUACUACUGAUGAUGACCAACGUGAAGUCAGUACCCCACCACGAAGAACUAGAUUUGCGGAAAAUGAAGCAAACAAUAUCAAAAGUGGGGAACAGAGUGGUACAAAGCAUUCUAGACACAGAAGAUCUCACGAAGAGCCAAACAAAAGGCACUGUGGGAGAGCUGACUAUGGUGUACAUAGGAGAACAAAACAUGGACUUGUUAAGGAUCCAGAUCUUGGCGAGAGAGUGUGUUCUAGACGUGGAAGUUUGUAUCGAGAUUCAAGCAGAAACUGGCAAAAUGGACCACCUUUUACGAUAGAAAAGGUUCAGACUGAAGGUAAAGGUAAUCCUCACUCGAAUAGAGAAAAACGUUAUGGUCCUUCAUAUUCAUCAGUGCAUCUUGAUCGAGAUAGAGGAGAGCACAUGGUUGGUUGGCGCAACAACAAAGAGCCAUCGCAUGGCCGGGGCUUUGAUCAUUUUAAUGGUUACAAGUAUGAGGCGCGUCUGAGAGAGUAUACCUCGGGUUCAUCCUUUAAUCUUAAUCAGAGAAAUUCUCGAUUAUGUUUCAACGAAGACGAGGAUAGAUAUGGUAGGCAACAUUGUGAAAGAAACUAUGGCCGUGAAAGAAGUCCUGACCUAGCCUAUGAAAGCAACAAAGAAAGAAAUCGAUAUGAUUGGCCAAGAGAACCUUAUCAUCAAGACCAUGUUCCAAUAACUGAUAUGGACUCCAGGUACCGGUUUGAGUGCUCUUCUGCUCUUGGAAGACAUAACCCCAAACAGAGUCGCGAGAAUGAUCUUCAUUUUAGAAGAAGAGGUGACUACGAUUAUAAUUUUUAUCGCCAUCAUAGAUAUGAAGAUGGAAUUCACAGGGCAGAAAGUGGAAUUCCAUUUGAGCUGGCUUAUAGGGAGACGCAUUCUUUAGCUGUGAUGGGAAGGAGAGAAUAUGAAGGGUUUGAAAAAAAUGAGGAGUUCUCUGAAAUAGAUAGAAGACACCAUUACACACGUGAUUGGCAUCUCGAUAGAUAUGUCUCAGAGAAAGAUGGUUAUCAGUACAGAAUCGAAGAUGCUUGGCCAUCACCGUCUUUAUCACUGAGAGAUGCUUGGUCUACAAAAGGAUCAAGAGGUGAUUCCUGGAGAGAUGAUACCAGAGACUUCACAACAACGGAAGCAUAUGCGAGCCAGAGGAAUCAGUUGUAUAAGGAUGCGCCAAGAGAUGGUUGGACGCGGGAUCUUGUUCACAGUAAUAAUGUGCGCAUGCAAGAUAGGCUAAGGUAUGAUGAUGAUGAUCGGGUUCGUCGUGAUAGAAGUAGAUACCAGUUGGGAGAUGACAUUCAAUGCUCAAUGAGAGAAGUUACUCAUUCUGAGCAUCUACCAUAUACUGAUGAGAUGUUAUCCCGCGAUAUAAGAAUGUCUACCAAACAAGGGCCUGGAUACUUGAAGCGCCAGAUUCAUGAAAAUGAUGAAAGACAUCACAUAUCCAAAAAGCUGAGAAGAGAUGGGCACGCUUUCAUCAAGUGCAAGGAUCCGGUUGACUUAAUUGGCAGGCAAGGGAAGCGCUCGAAGCAAUCAAGAAGAAGAUUCUCCAACGGAAGAGAUCCAAUGGAACAGCAAGAGCGUCAGAAACCAGGAAAUGUAACUGGCAGAAAGAAGGAGAAAGCUGGUGUGGAGAUUCAAGGUUUAGAUGAGAAAGAGGAAGGUGAGAUCACAGAAGAAGCGAGGAACGUGAAAGGGAUUGAAAUAGGGGAGGAGCAAAUACGAGAGAGCCUUAAGAAGAUGGAGAAACGAAGAGAGAGGUUUAAGAAAACCGAAUUCUCGAAGACGGUAGAGGCCACAAUUCAGUCUCAAACCAAACCAGGAGCCAAAACCGAUGAUACAAAUCAAGAGAGACCGGUUAGGAAGAGGCGAUGGUUGGCAAGUUAAUAGUAGAAUAUCAAAUUGGUUGGCUACUCAAGUUAAAUACGAUUAGAGUUAUUCGAGACUGUGGUUUUAAAUAAAUUAUUGACUUUGACAAAUACUCUUAUGUUGAGCAUGUGUGAAUGUGAUCAAACAAAAUGAUGCAGCCAAGGAUUGAACCGGGUAUAACCACAAAACCAGACCGAACUGACUUAAAAAUUAAAAAUUAAAAUUUCUUGUGUAGGUGAAAUAAUACAUUGGAUGAAAAAUAAUUAUUUUCGUGGAAUUAUGGUGAGCCGUCAGAUAACACGCGGCUGAUCUGAAGCGUUUCUGGAAAAAGAGAAAGGGGGCAGAGAGAAUUCAAACCAGUUUCCAUCAACGAAACGACCAAUCUCUUCACGACCUAUACACCCCGAUUCCUCUCGUAAAGCUCUUUCUUUCUAACUUCUUCCACGUGCGAUUUUUCGAGAACCCAAAUUGAGCAAGCUCCUUUUGAGACAACGUUGUAUCGGUCAUUCUCUGCGAAGUAAGGUGUAAGUAAUGGCGAGGAUAAAACCUCAGGCUCUGCUGAAUCAAAGCAAGAAGAAGAAGGGUCCGAGUCGCAUAAGUAUUUCGACUAUUAUAGUGUGUAACCUUGUAGUUGCUCUAGUCAUACUAUCGUUGGUCACAACUUAUCGUCAUUGGUCCCAGAGGUCGAGAAACUCAAUCGAACAGGAAACCCAGGGUCAGAGAUUUGAGGACACAAAUGCUGCUUCGGAGCAAACGAGUUACGAUCUUCCUGGUUAUGCCGAUAUAAACACAUCAAAAGGUCUUAUAACUGUGGAACUCUUUAAAGAAGGAUCCCCCGAAGCUGUGGACAAGUUUCUAGACCUAUGUCAAAAAGAGCACUUCAAGGGAAUGCCGUUUCAUCGGGUAAUCAAAAACUACUUGGUACAAGCUGGUCACUCGCCGAGCUCUAUACCUGUAGAAGAAUGGACAGCUAAAGGAAAGCUCCGUGGCCGCCUCCACACAAGCCCAAAACAUGAGGCAUUCAUGUUGGGGACGCCAAAAACCAAAGGGAACAACAAGGAUUUUGAGCUUCUGAUCACAACGGCGCCAAUCCCGGAUCUGAAUGAUCAGCUUAUAGUUUUUGGAAGAGUCCUCAAAGGAGAGGAUGUAGUACAGGAGAUUGAGGAAGUGGAUACUGAUGAGCAUUACCAACCGAAAUCGCCUAUAGGGAUCAUUAGCAUUAUACUGAAACGAGAAAUAUGAAAUGAAAAGUCUCUCUCUUCUUUCUUCCUCUGUAAAUGAGGCCCACGCCAAAUACUUCUCCAUACUCACAGUUGUGUAAACCCUCUUUGGAGGUUUUUUUUCUUCUUUUCUAUUUUACUGAUAAUUUCUGGUUGUUUUGUAAUUUUAUUUGAUCUUUCUAGAGGAAAUAGCAUCUUUUGUUUAAAUUACCAUAUUUUGGUUCUCUGGGUUGUUCGUACUUUCCUGGUCCAAAUCUUGGACUGCCCAGUAAGGAUGGGCCUUAAUGGAGGAUAAAGAGCAA